AGACGUAGCAGAAAACCUCAAGUAUUUCAAACUUUGACCAAAUGACGGGUUGGUCAUUGAAAUUGGCGAUUUUUUUGGCAACGUUAAAUGAAUGCAUAAAUGCAUCAGUUUACCAGGUGGAUCAAACAAUAUAUACGCCUUGUACUAUUAUCAUCAAAAUUGAUGCCAUUUUGCAAAUAACGCACCGAAGGACAUCAGGUGAAAAUGACACGACCAACAUAUCAAUGCCGAAUAACGUCGAUUACAUUUCGGGCUACUGUUUGAACAACACGGCUUCUUUGAGUUGGAGUUUCAAUGGACUCCAAAUGAACAUGGAUUUCGAAUUGAACGAAAUAAAAGAAUGGCAUUUCUAUGCUGUCCAGUUAUGGUACCGUUCAUACAAUCCGCUGUUUGAACAAAGCGAUCAGCCUUAUCAGAAAGUAUUUUUAUCGGGUGAUAAAGUUCAUCUGUUACACUUUGAAACGAUUCUUGACAUACAUACAUGCAUCAGAUGUAAUAUUAGCCUAAAUUUGGUGGAUACAAAUGAUACUAGUCACAAAGCUGCACUGGAUCUGGACUAUUUUUCCUUCCAACGCAUCUUGAAACCAUCGACCGACAGGAAUAUCAACUACAAAGUCAUGUUAGGUCCAAUCUUGGCUAUUGCAUUCGUAUUGUUUGUCGCUGUCUGCCUAUUUGCCAUCCACGAAAGCAAAGUCAUGAAAGAACAAAACUGAUUUGAAUGAAAUUCGUUCGAAACUAGAAAUUCGUUCGAAAUAGAAAAUAUGACCAAAAGAAUUUUGUAAUAUUCAUCAAGUCAAAGGGAUAUUGCAACUUUUUUGACCAGAAAAAACGCUAUCUUACGUCGUGCCCGUAAAUUAUUUUACUGUACAUUUCGAUGGUAGAGCUUGAACAAAAGUUCAACACUAUGCAUAAACUCGGAGAGAGCUUGAUAAACUUGAUGAAAUACAUAUAUUUUAUGGUAGUUGCAAUACCCCUAUGCAUCAAGUUUUUUUUUUUUUGUGUAUAAACAUUUUGUAAGCAAAGAAAUGUGAGCAAUCAAAUGUAUAAUAAAACAACAGAGAUUUCUUUUAAUUCAAAGGAAAUUUCGCCCUUUCCAAGAAUGUCGUCAUAUUUUUUCGUCGCGAGGCUAAUUGGAACAAAGUUUAGUAACGGGUAACGAACGCCGGUGUAUAUAUGGUUUAUCGCAAAUAUCUAAAUGUUAAAUUUAUGCUGUCGUGAAAACAAAUCAUAAAUUUGUAACAAAGCACACGGCAC